AUGAAGUUGUCUCCUCUCCUCAAAACACUUUUAAUUCAUAAUUUGGCAAAGAAGAUCUUAUUGUACGACUACAGAGAUCUUGCAAAGGAGCAGGUGGACAAGUUGAGCCAGGUUUCGAUAUUGCCCAAUGGUAGAGGUGACAUUGUUGAAAGGGUUGCCAGCUUGGAGGACAUGGUCAGUAGAUGCGAUAUUGUUACCAUUAACUGUCGUUUGCACGAGAGCACCAAGGGUUCGUUCAACAAGAAGUUGAUAUCUCAUUUGAAAGAUGGAUCUUAUUUGGUCAAUACCGCUAGAGGAGCCAUGACGAACAAGUUUGGAGGUGGUACUGCAAUGACCCCACAUUAG